GCAUUUGAGACGGAUUUCUGGAAUGAAAACCACCACAAUACUUUAAUAUUUACACUCUCAAAUACGUCUGAAGACAAAAGAAGAUAACGAGAACACACUCGAGUAUCUCAUCAUCAGAAUGGGGGUAUCUAAUGAGAAGACAGAAAGAUGUGGGACCAUCUGCCUAAAAUACUUACUUUUUGCCUUCAAUUUCCUGUUUUGGCUGGCAGGGGGCGCUGUCAUGGCAGUGGGAAUAUGGACAGUGGUGGAGAAGAGUGACUACAUCAGCUUGUUGUCUUCCAGUAUCUACGCCAUCUCUGCCUACAUCCUCAUUCUUGCAGGGGUCAUUGUCAUGGUGACGGGAGUACUGGGCUGCUGUGCCACUUUCAAGGAGCAAAGACAGAUACUGAGAGUGUACUUUGUCCUGUUGCUCUGUAUUUUCCUUCUGGAGAUCCUUGCUGGUGUGCUGGCCUAUGUCUACUAUCAGCAGCUAAAUGAGGAACUGAAGGAGAACCUGAAGGAGACCAUGGUGACGAAAUACCGUCAGCCAAAUGAGGACCAUGUAACCAAGGCAGUGGAUAAACUACAGCAGGAGUUUAAAUGCUGUGGUAGCAACUCGUCGUCAGACUGGAAUGCCAGUAAGUGGAUCAUAUCUGAGUCCAAAGACUCCAGAAGAUUUGUUCCUGACAGUUGCUGCAAGACCCCUGUAGAUGGCUGUGGGAAAAGAGACCACCCAUCAAACAUCUAUAAGGUGGAAGGUGGCUGUAUCACAAAGCUGGAGAACUUCAUCAUGGACCAUCUGAAGAUCAUUGGCGCUGUGGGUGUAGGGAUCGCCUGUGUUCAGAUCGUGGGCAUGGUUUUCACAUGUUGUCUUUAUAGAAGUCUAAAGGCAGAUCCAUACUGAACACAUUUUGCCUUUGAAGGGACAGUGCAAAUGCCUACCCACUGAACAUAUUUUUCAAUAAGUGUCUCAGGUUCUGUAUGCGUUGAUUUGAGACAUAAAAGAGGCUAACUUUAUAAAGAAAAAAAAAAUAAAUCAAUCAAACACUGGUGGAAGCAUGUACAAGGAAAUGAAUAUGAUGCCAUUUUAAACUGCAUGGAGGAGACGCAUUAGAAAAACAUGUUGCCAUACGAAUGGUGUGCUUUAGCUAUCCGAUACCAACAUUUCAAGUCAAGAUUGCUUGUCAAAUUUCAUCUUUCUUACAUCUUUAAAGCUGCACAAAGCUAUCUUUAUGGUCUUUGUGGCAUAUUCUGUCUUGUUUAUGUGCCUUAUUUUA